AUGGUGGUGUUGGCUGCUUCGAUCACAACACGCGCAGGGAAGCCGCUAUUGUCGCGUCAAUUCACGGAGAUAAGUAAGGAUCGAGUUCUUGAACUUUUGUCGAAUUUCCAAAGUUUAGUCACAAAUAUACUGUCUGAGCACACGUUCGUCGAAGACGAACAUGUGAGGUAUGUCUACAGGCCCUUCGAUGACUACUACAUCAUAUUGAUCACCAAUCGCCAGUCCAACAUCAUCAUGGAUCUCUCGACUUUAAAUCUGUUCUCUCAGACUGUCAAUCAUUAUUUGAGCAGCUUUGAUGAAGCAGAGAUAUAUGACAAUGCGUUUGAAAUUUUAAGUUCUUUCGAUGAGAUUGUGGUGAUGGGUUAUAAGGAAAACCUUUCUAUCACUCAGGUAAGCACCUACCUGUCACUCGAGUCGCAUGAGGAAAGGAUCCAAGAGAUCAUUGAACGUAAUAAGGAGUUCGAAGCGACUGAGGAGCGUAAGCGUCGUGCAAAAGAAAUCGCUAGGAGAGAGCAAGAAAGGAAAAUGGGCAUCGUACCAUCAGAAUUCAGUGUUCCUUCUAACAGAUUUAUGGCUAGCGAUGAUCCCAACGUAGCCAAUGCGUAUAACAGCUACUAUAGCCACGCGUCAGCUGCUGCCCAACAAUCAUAUAUACAGUCUCACAGGGAGAGACCAGCGGAAACUAAUGGUCGUGCUUCGGCGGAAGCUAACCAUCAUGGUGAUGGUAGAGGUAUGAAAUUAGCUGGUCAAUCUAAACGUGGCAUGGCUACCAGCGGUCGCUCGCCCGGAUUUAGCAGGGCACCACAGCAAGACCAGGAGGAAGAGAAGCCUACCAAUAACGGUAUACUGAUCUCCAUCAAAGAAACCGUAAAUGCAGAAAUCACCCGCGAUGGCGCGAUAAACUCUAGUGAACUCAAGGGCGUGUUGGAAUUGCGUGUGAGCGACAGGGCGCUAGCACACGCGAAAUUAGCGUUAGAUGAGAGUGUCGACGUUAAAGAUAGGUCGCUUCAAUUCAAAACUCAUCCAAAUAUCGACAAAAACGAGUUCCUGAACUCAAAAACCAUCAGCCUGAGGGACAAAGAAAAGGCAUUUCCGUCGAACGAUCAAAGUCUUGGGGUGUUAAGAUGGCGCAAGGUUGCUGGGGCAGACGAAAAGACUUUGCUGCCAUUGGAGAUUUCAACAUGGGUCUCACCAUCAGAACAAAGUGAUGGUGUCUUCGAUGUCACCGUCGAAUUCGAAGUUAACGAAAAUCACACACAGACACUCAACGAAGUGCUAUUCACGUUUCCUGUCUUUACGGAAAACGUUUCCAUCAAUGCAGAAAAUAAUGAACACAAUGCAACAAUCGUUGACAUCGAUGAAGACACUGGCGUUACCAUAAAACUAGAGUCGAUUGCGCCUGCCACGUCAGGCGUCUUUGCCUUCGCCAUCGAGGCAGCCUACGAAGAUGGUCUAUUCCCAAUCAACGUCGAAUUUAAACAUUCGGAAGCUGGCGGUAGAAGCAUUAGCGGUGUGUCCAUAUCUAAUGUCACUAGCUCUCUGGAGGGUGAGGAAGCCCUGCCUUAUGACGUGAUCACUUCGUUGAAGACAGAGGAGUACAUAGUCAUCUAA